UUUAAUCGAAAACAUUAGUUUGAGAAACACACCUUCACAAAUAUCAAAAGAACGGAAAAGAAGAAAUAAUUGAUAUGUGGCCUACUCGAACAAGUGACCACUAAAUAACUAUCGUCGCUUAAUUUUUUUUUUCUUUCCAAUAGUUAUAAUAGUUUUUAUUGAUUUAACUAGAAUGUUUGCGUAAAACAAAUAAAAGAACAAUUUAGUGGUAUAACUAGAAAGGUAAGGACCACAUCCACCACGUCUUGUUUCCAAGCUAAAGUUAAAUAUAUAUAGUAUUACUUAACGAUUACAAGUUCAUGUAUGAGUUGUUAAAUAUAGUAUCCAAAUAAAGAAAACUACUAUUACGAUAUGACUAUUUUGUUUAGGAAGGAGGAUAUUCGAAAGCAUGCGAAACUAAUAUCUAAUCACUAAAUGAAUUUAACAUUGUAUAUUUUAAACAAUAAAAUAUAUAAAGUCUAAUUAAAGUAUUGAUUAAAUCAUGAAAAUGGGUUUCAUAAUUAUAUGAUUUGCUAAUCAGAAUCGAAAUGGUGCAUCAAUAGGUUUUUUUUGUAUUUAUGUUUUAUCUUCAAAUUACACUUGUCAAAACCUGUUAAACAAAGAUUCAAAAAAAAAAAGACCUGCUAACAAGUAAUGAAUCCAACAAAAAGACACAAAUGUUAAGAGAGAGGGAGAGAGAGAGUGGAGGACCGCAGGGUGGUGGUUGCCACUUUGGUCAAAGGUUUCUAUGUUGGGAAUUUCCAAAAACGGAUAAGAAAAUAUUAUAUCAUCCGACGACAGUCGCAAGUGAUACUCGAUGCCAGGUAAAAUCUUUGUUCGUAUAUAUGGAGAACUUCUACUUUGCAGUUUCCUUGUGAGCUUUCUUCCUGAGAAAAAUUAAAAAUAUCUUUUUCUUUUCGUUGUGUAAUCUUCAUCGCAUUUUGUCAAGAUCGGUGGUGAAGUCUAACACAUGUGCAUUAUGGUGUUACAAGAACAACAUUAACAGACGUUAGAAGCAGUUGAAGAAGAUGAAGAAGAUGAAAGAGAGAGGACAAUCAGAUCCCCAAAAACUUGGCGAUUUCAAAGCUCUCACCUCAUGGCCAUCUAACCCAUGGCAGUUCCAAGGCACCAAUACUAUCAUCGUCGCAGCGUUCACAAUGGCAACCGCACUUUUACUACUCUCUCUCUGUGGAGGAGUUUCAGCCGCCACUCCAGUCUUGACCGUUCAUAGUUCGGACGGAGAUGUUAUUGACUGUGUUAAGAAAAUGGAUCAACCAUCCCUAACGAACCCCCUCCUGAAAAAUCACUCCUUCCAGGUUUGUUGUGUGUGUGUUUUUUUUUUAAAUGUUUACUUUCAAUUUUGUCUACCUCUUGUUCUAGCUCUACGAGCUGCCUCUGAGGCGCUCAGAUUCCUGCGUAUUAGAUUAGACUAGAUCUUCCUUGGGUUGUAAGCUUGUGUAUAUAAGUGAGGAGCAGCCCUAAAAGCCUGAGCAAAACCUUAACUUAAACUGAAGUUUAUUGUAAGCCCAUUUUCUGGCCCAAAUCAUGAGUUAACUGAAUUCCUUAUCUCUCACAGUCACCACCUUCAUCAAUACUCCCAUGUCUCUUCUUGAACUGGAGCACGAGAUGCUCACAUCUUGUGUCAAGUUCAACUCGUCACUAGUCUAUUCUUUCUUUAUAGUUUAUUUCAGUCAACACCAUCAGAUUGUUAGUAAUUGAUUAUCACAUCAAUACUUUAUGAUUCCAAUGCUAGCCUUUUUAAUUAUACUCAUGUGCACUGAGCCUUGAACCAAUCAACUGCAGAAAAAAAAAAAUAGAAGCACAUAUGUUUCAAACUUGAACGAAUCUCAUAGCCAGUCAGCCUAUUGUCUAAACAGAUAACACAAAAUUGUACCGCCGCCUAUCUUUAUAUAUAAAGAAGAUUAUUUCCAUUCUUCUGACAAAUGGCACAGGAAAAUUUUGACACCUGUCCCAAAAAAAAACUUCCACAAUUUUCUUCUAACAUCCUCAAUUGUAAUUGUCGUAGUCAUUACAAAAAAUAACAUUCACAAUGUAAAGAGAGCACAAACAAUUAAUCUUUAUAUUCACAUAUAUCAAUCAACAAACCUAGAAAGACGUUAAGGGACACAAUUGGUUUAUCAAACAUCCCGGGUAUGGAGAGGUUUAUGUGGAUCUCAGGCAUGCUUUUUCUUUGUCUCUCCGAUUACGGUUGUAUUCGAUCAGGUCAAGAUUCGGCCUCCAGAAUCACGGCUUGGCUGAGUAACACUUGAAGACACUUGAAAUUUAGGGUAUCAUGGCUUAUCAGCCUCCACCAUAUCUUCCCCUGCCUCCACGCCUUUGAACCCUAUCUCCAGACCACAUCUGUGUGAUGUUGGGCUUUUGUUAUUCCUCAAAGCCCAAUUUAAUUGAGCUUUUGUUAUUUCUCCAAGCCCAAUUUAAUUAUGUGUCCCUCUUCUUCCUCUCCAAGUCUCUGUUGCCAACGCGGCAUGAUGAAAGCAGAAGAAGAAGGAGGGUUUGGCUGGCAAGUGUGGCACCGCAAUGGAACAGCGUGCCCUCAUGGGAGCUUUCCUAUACGAUGCGUUGAAGCUGAGGCUGAACUUUCAGAGGGGAAAUACGGUUCCCUGAUUUCUGACGCCGCAGACCGAGCCACCAAGGGGCAUCAGUAUGAUGUAGGGUACGUGAAAGAUCUACCCAUCUAUGGAGCGAAAGCCACACUAAACGUCUGGAACCCAGUCGUUGAGUCAGGGGACGACUUCAGUUUGGCGCAGAUCUGGGUCACGUCUGGAAGUUACGAAAACCAAGACCUCAACACGCUUGAGACGGGUUGGCAGGUUUACCCGAACAAAUAUGGCGAUCACCAACCUAGACUGUUCACAUAUUGGACCAGCGAUGACUAUCUUAGCAGCGGGUGUUACAACCACUAUGGUAGAGGGUUUGUACAUGUCAACAGACAUGUCGCCCUAGGAGGAGCAAUCGCCGGGACUUCGACUAUUGGGGGAGACCAAUUCGAUAUAACCUUGCAGAUUUGGAAGGAUCCACUUUCAGGCCAUUGGUGGUUGGGUAUGGGCCUGAAUGUUGUCCCGAUCGGUUACUGGCCCGUCGAGCUAUUCACUACACUCUCUGAUCAUGCCUCCGAAGUACAGUGGGGUGGGGAAGUUGUUUACCUGAACAUCUCUGGAAUGAGCAAUACAACCCAAAUGGGUUCCGGGGAAUUUCCAGGCAAAGGAUUCAGGAAAGCAGCAUAUUUCUGCAACCUGCAGAUUGCUGAGAAGAACCGGUCCUUUCUGCCGCCUCAAGACUUUCACAUAGGAGCUACUCAGCCUGACUCAUACAGUGUUGCGAAGACACAUAGUAGAGACUGCGGAGAUCAUUUCUACUACGGAGGGCGAGGGCCACUACGAUCAUCGUCCUAUCAGAGUGAUCCUUUAGCUUUUGUGUUUUUGUUUUUAGCAGUUUAUUUUGUUGUUUAGUUAUCGCCUGUAGCGCAAGUCAUAUAACAUAUGUGUUUCCUACUUUAAUCGUUUGCGUGUGUAUUGUAAAAGAUUCAGAUGAGAAAAACUUAUAUUUUCGUUGAUUAAUUUAAUAUAUGCAUUAUAAUAAAGUAUUUUGCAGUCAA